GAUUUCUUCAGGACCACUCCCUUUUUCCAUGUUGCUGUCAUUUGGCUGUUGCAUUUCCUUGUGUGAGACCUCCUGACAAACUGGCUUGUCAUAUUAUGUGGACAGUGAUCCCCUGUGCUCUUGUCUUAAAAGCCGGAAGAUGUUAUCUUUAUUUGCUUAAUUCACAUUUCUGACAUUUGUAGUGGGGCAAGAAGGAAUUUGUGCUAAUCACCGAGAAGCAAGGGAACAUUCCAAAACCAUGACUGAAUGUGUGGUGCGUGCAUAUCCUCUCUCUUUCUCUCUCUCUCUUUCUGGAAUCUGGCAGUCUAAUCCUUUCAGGGCAAGUCAGGCCCCUAAAUCCUCCCCCAGUUUCUAAGAAAAACUCCAGUGAAAAUGGCACUCGCUUUUUCAUGUUACUUCACAGAGAUAUUUGUGAUUGGCAGAUGUUUUGUUUGUGCCAUGGGGCUCUCCCAUAUCUAUUGGCUAAUGAAUAAAAGGCAAGCUUGCUCUCAGAAGUGAACUUUCUUUCUUUCUGUUUCAAAAAAACUUAGCAAAUUGAACAGUCUUUCCAAAUGGACAGCUCCUAGCACUACCAGUCAAAAGCCAUGGCAGCCAUAAGGAAAAAGCUGGUGAUUGUGGGAGAUGGUGCCUGUGGGAAAACCUGCCUGUUGAUCGUGUUCAGCAAAGACCAGUUCCCAGAGGUCUAUGUGCCAACUGUCUUUGAAAACUACAUUGCUGACAUUGAAGUAGAUGGAAAGCAGGUAGAGUUGGCUCUCUGGGAUACAGCUGGGCAAGAAGACUAUGACAGACUACGGCCCCUCUCUUACCCAGACACAGAUGUCAUCCUCAUGUGCUUUUCUAUUGACAGUCCAGACAGUUUAGAGAACAUACCAGAAAAAUGGACUCCUGAAGUGAAACACUUCUGCCCUAAUGUGCCCAUCAUUCUUGUGGGAAACAAAAAGGACUUGAGGAAUGAUGAACACACCCGCAGGGAACUGGCAAAGAUGAAGCAGGAGCCAGUGAAGUCAGAGGAAGGACGAGACAUGGCAAACAGGAUCAAUGCUUUUGGCUACCUUGAGUGUUCAGCCAAGACAAAGGAUGGGGUGCGAGAAGUGUUUGAAAUGGCCACCCGGGCUGCCUUGCAAGUCAGGAAGAACAAAAAGCGCAAAGGCUGCCCUCUUCUGUGAAAGCAAAGCCUCGGACAAGGAUCUGAGUCUGCUGUCUGAAGUGUCUCUCUCCUUCCACACAUCCUGUGGAUGCAAGUGUGGGGUCAGGGUAAGAGAGAAUGGCUUGUUAGCUCUGCCUAGUAUAAGAAUUUCAGACCAGCUGUGCCUUCCAACCCUCUGUGCAUUGUAAGGGUGACCUGGGGCAUACAGUGUAGGAACCUUAUGGCCUUUCCCUGUGCUGGGUGCAAGACUUUCCUCCCCAACUCACUCUGUGCUUGAGGGUCUUAGAUAAACUCUGGAUCCUUUUUUUGGUAAAGAAUAUCAAUUUUUUAAAUUGGGCAGGCAGUGUAGCUGAACUAACACAACAUUGCUCUUUCCUCCCAUUUAUAUUAACUCAACUGUUGUACUGUACACAUUUCACCCUUGUCUUCCUGUUACUGCAAACAAGAGCCCAGAUUUCUGAACUUUGGUAUCUACAUUCUCAUUGGCCUCUCUUCAACAAUUUGCUAAGACUUGCCAGAAUGCCUGCCUGUAUUCCUGUUGAGGAGCUGAGCUCUGCCACAGUCAGCAGUGCUGUUUGUGCUUCUGUUUGGGGGGCAGUGUCUUCUGUUUUAACUAUACCAUAUUCUCUCACUUCAUUCAUUAAAUUAAAUGAACCUCAAA